GACUUUCUCACCCAUAUUGAUCCCGUGUUCGGCUCCUGCUUCACCUACAAUCACAAUCGCACUGUCAACUUGACGAGUAUCAGAGCAGGUCCCAUGUAUGGAUUGCGUAUGUUGGUGUACGUGAAUGCGUCCGACUACAUGCCAACCACCGAGGCCACAGGAGUUCGCCUAACAAUCCACGACAAGGAAGAGUUUCCAUUUCCAGACACAUUUGGAUAUUCAGCCCCAACCGGAAGAUGCCUCGAUGCACGGUUGAACGAGUUAGGAGGACUUCAUGGUUCCUUCAGAUGCAGAUGCCAGCAGCCAUGCAGACAAUCGAUCUAUUCGGUGACUUAUUCGCCAGCAAAAUGGCCAUCCCUCUCACUGCAAAUUCAGUUGGGCUCAUGUAACGGAACAAACGCCGAAUGUAACAAACACUACAAGGAAAACGGUGCUAUGUUCGUCAAUCUCCUUGCCGAUUUCGGUGGUCAACUCGGCCUGUGGUGUGGAAUUUCGUUUCUGACAUGUUGCGAAUUCGUUUUUCUUUUCUUCGAAAUGACCUACAUGAGCGCCGAAUACAACUGGGCUCUCUAUAAGAAGAAGCGAGCAGAGAAAGAAAAAAUGAAAAGACUUCUUAUA